CCCGCUUCGCUCUCCGGCUCAGCUCGCGGGGCCGGCUCAGAGGCUGUCCCUCUCCGCCCGGUAGCGAGGGGCAGUGCAGACCGAGCCCCCGCCCCGCUGCCGUGCGUCCCGCGGGCGCGCGCCCGGCCCCGGCUCCUGCCCCUGCCCCACUGCGGGGCUCGGGCCCGCCUCCCGGCGCAGGCCGCCUCACUGUCCCGGCGGCUCCCUGGCGCCCCCUGGCCCGGCUCCGGCGCCCGAGGUUUCCGGUGAGCCGCAGUAGCCGGUUAUGACGACUCCGUGCCCCCGAACGGCGGCCGUCUCCUCCUCCUCCUCCGCAGCCCCGGCUCCCCCGGCUCCAGGCCUGAGGAAAUCCGGUCCAGGAAUACAGAAGAGGAGGGAGCCAGUUGCAUUGCGCUGAAGGAAAGUAGCGCAGCGCUGAAGCUUUCAUCUGCUGGAAAAGUGCAGACACCCUGCCCUGGGGGACCUUGCAAGACGACUGCGUGCAGACAGGCUUUCUGCCAGGCCCCGGGGUUGUGCUUUCAUGCUCCAGCAGCCACCCCCUUCUAGCGUAUGCAAGUGGGUUUGGAGGUUGCUAUGUUAAUGCUGCUUAUUCUUGGAGUAUUGCUUCAUGGUGUUUCACUGAGUGGCCAAGAGGAGGCUUCUCCCAAGGCUGAUGGCAUUCCAGGCGAACCUCUGUUUAACUACGCCAGCAUUCGCUUGCCCCAGGAACACAUUCCCUUCUUUUUGCACAAUAAUAGGCACGUUGCCACGGUCUGUAAGAAAGACUCCCAUUGUCCUUAUAAGAAACACUUAGAGAAUCUAAAGUUCUGCUGGGGUUAUGAGAAAUCCUGCAAACCAGAGUUCAGGUUUGGCUACCCUCUUUGUACCUACGUCGACAUGGGAUGGACAGAUACCCUUGAAUCAGCCCAGGACAUAUUCUGGAAACAAGCUGACUUUGGAUAUGCCGGAGAGCGACUGGAAGAACUUCACGUGCUCUGCCAGCCUGAGGAAACGAAUGACUCAAGUCUGGUAUGUUCCCGUUAUCUUCAGUACUGCAGAGCAACCAAUCUCUAUCUUGACUUAAGAAACAUCAAGAGAGACCAUGACAGAUUUAAGGAAGAUUUUUUCCAGAGUGGCGAAAUUGGAGGACACUGCACGCUUGACAUUCAUACAUUGAUGUCUCAAGGUCAGCGCAAAAGCCCUCUGCAGUCCUGGUUUGCUGAGCUACAGAGCUAUACUCAGCUCGCCUUCAGACCCAUAGAAGCUGCUGAAUGUGACGUUGUUAUUGAAAAACCAACCUACUUCAUGAAACUGGAUGCAGGUGUUAACAUGUAUCACCACUUCUGUGAUUUUAUCAAUCUUUAUAUUACUCAGCACGUUAAUAAUUCAUUCAGUACAGAUGUGUACAUCGUGAUGUGGGACACCAGCUCCUAUGGAUAUGGUGACCUAUUCUCUGACACAUGGAGAGCAUUUACGGAUUAUGAUGUUAUACAUUUGAAAACUUAUGAUUCCAAAAGGGUGUGUUUUAAAGAAGCUAUUUUUUCCCUACUCCCCCGGAUGCGAUACGGGCUGUUCUAUAAUACCCCUUUGAUAUCUGGCUGUCAGAACACGGGAUUAUUCAGGGCAUUUUCCCAGCAUGUGCUGCACAGACUGAACAUCACACAGGAGGGCCCCAAGGAUGGAAGAAUCCGAGUCACCAUUCUUGCACGGAGUACAGAGUACCGGAAAAUUCUAAACCAAAACGAGCUGGUAAAUGCACUGAAAACAGUAUCUACACUUGAGGUUCGGAUUGUCGAUUACAAGUAUAAGGAACUUGGGUUUUUAGAUCAGCUGAGGAUCAGUCAUAACACGGACAUAUUUAUCGGAAUGCAUGGAGCUGGUCUUACCCAUUUACUCUUCCUUCCAGACUGGGCUGCUGUCUUUGAACUGUACAACUGUGGAGAUGAGCGCUGCUACUUAGACCUGGCCAGGCUGAGAGGGAUCCAUUACAUCACUUGGCGAAGGCAGAAUAAAGUCUUUCCCCAGGAUAAGGGCCACCACCCGACUCUGGGGGAACAUCCAAAGUUUACCAACUACUCUUUCGAUGUAGAAGAAUUCAUGUACCUUGUCCUUCAGGCGGCAGACCACGUAUUACAACACCCGAAGUGGCCGUUUAAGAAAAAACGUGAUGAGCUAUAAAUGUGCCGAGUCCGUUUGUAAAAGUCUGUUUGUUUAAACAUUCCACCACCCAGGCUCUCACAGUUAAAUAAGCAAAACAACUAGUUAUCUCCUAACCCCAAAUUACCUUUUCUGGACCAAAACAUGCCUUCAGGAUAUUACUUACAUGUUUUAGAGUCUUUAACUGUUUCCCGUGAUUUUCGUGUCAUAGCUAUUUAUCAAGAUACUAUUUUUGCACUGAAAACUUCACUUUUUAUAGUUUAAAAAUAAGGCAUGGGCUUGCUGAUGUAUUUGAGUUUCUUAGGUAUACCAAAGUUGUCAACCUUCUUGGCUUUAGAAUUUGUAAAUGUUUUUGCAGAUGACAAUGGGAUUAUACUUCUAGUGGCUUCCAAUGUGUUUCUGAUGUAUUUAAGUAAAUUCACAGCAGCUUUUUUUUAUUUGCCAAAAUCUGUUCACGACACUUUGUGGUAGGAAAGGAAAACAACAUACUACACACACACACACACACACACACACACACACACACACACCCCAUUGUGAUUCUCAGUACCAGGCUAUAGGUAGCCUACUCCAUGUCAGAGAUCAAACAGUGUUCUACCCAGGUCUGUUUUACUCUCUCAGAGUCCAAAGUAUCUCCCACAGAAUUCUCUGCUCUAUCUUUUUAGUAAACUCCAGGCUACAUGCACCAAGAACCUCAAUAAACCAUGCCGUUGCAUCAGUUUAUAUUCCCAUAUUUCAUAUGCAAAUCAUGUUUUCCUCAAAUGCAACAGCUACAUACGAUAAAAAUAAAUUAGACCAUCCGUUAGGACUGCUUUGGAUACCUUCUAGCUGGUGGCCCCUAAUUCCUUCUUAGCCCUGGAGAGCAGUUAGGUUGAAUUUCUGUAUCACAUGGUGGCUUCGGUGCAGGUAUUCGUGACUGCACACGCCUGUGUGAUGCUUCUGUCUCCUUUUGCACGGGAGUGUUUCCCUUUGAGCUUGCAGACUCCAGAUUAGCUACAUGAAGAGACUUUUUCCCUAUCAAAAACAAAAACCAAAAGAAAAAAAAAAAGUAAAGACAUGUGAAUUCUCCAUUUCAAAAUGAAAAAGCAGCCCAUGAGAAAGUGCUGUUGAUUAAAAAGAAUAUCUGAAAUGCGGUCCCACUCUCUGGGAUUAAUUUCUUACUGUUUAUGAACUUUCAAUCCAGGGGUCAGAAACCGUGGAUUUAAUUUACUGCGAAAUGUGAAGUUUACAUUUUAUUAACACUUGAGAAAUCUAAUUAAGAGAUGGAUGACUUCUGUUUUUUAAAGUAGAUGAUUAACAGGGCUGCAGAUUUUUUUAAAAAACAUUUUAGCAUUGUAAAAAAAAAAAAAGGGAAGGCAGCAGAAUAGUAACUUGAGAAACCCAAAGUAUUUUUUUAUAUGGACCUUUACAGAACAAGUUUGCUGACCCCUGCUUUAAAGGUUUAUGAACAGUCUUCCAGAGUUUAGGGAUAUUUAUUAAGAUCUCUGUAAAGAAAGUAGUGAAGGACUAUAGUAAUACUUUUGAUUUCGAUGUGAAAAUUGUGUAAAAAGAAUCACAACACAUGAAUAUUUAAGUGAGUGGUAUGGCUGUGCUUCGUGCAGAAUAGAGUCACUCCCGGGAAAAGAUUUCACUUUAAAAGAAAUUUAAAGGCAGCAUUAUACUUUUAAUCAGAGCAGUAUAAACUUCUAGAAAAAGUAUCUGAAAAAAAUGUCAGCGUUGAGCUUACCUCAUUUUAAGAAGUGUGUAGAAAUACAAUUCUACAGACUAGCAAGAAUUCCAGAAAUUGAGGACAUUUUCAUAAUGCAACUAUUAUAUUUAAAUAUUUUACAUUUGUAGAGAGAAUGCUUUUAUAUAAACACGAGUACAUUUAACACUUUAUGGAAUUAACUUUUGUCAGACUUUUUCUAUGGGAGCAAAAGACCUUCAAAUGGUUAUAAAAUUUAAAUGUAAAGAGUGCUUUUGAAAAUUAAGUCUUGAAAAGAGAUUUCAUUGUUUGUACAUUUUGGGUAUGGCUUUGAAAUAAAUCGUUUUAUAUUUUA